UAGCUCUCCUCAAUGACUGCUGGAAAGAUGGCGACAGCACACAAACCGGGGAGCUGCAACUCUGCAGAGGGAUAAAAAAAACUUCGCAGAAAGACGCCUUUUCGACCAGCUCUUGCAAAAAGAAAACGUGCAAACAGCGUUUAAACUGUUAUGGUCAUGGAUGGUCCCAUGCACCACUAGAACCGAGGAUUUGUCGACCUACUAUGGAGCCUCCGGAUAAUAGCGAACCUAGCAGGCAGGCCAAUCCCUCAAAAUAUGGUUUGGUGCAUCAGAACUGCGAGGUGGAAGAGUUGUGGGACAAGCGCAGCAAGGAAGAGGAAGCUCUGCACAGCACGUCUCCCCCCUGCACCCCCCGGCAGAUGAAACGCAUGUCGGGGAAACACCAGAAGAACCGCCAAGGUCAGGGAAGGUCGGCUAGACGCUCUCCUAACAAGGCAGACAAGCAGACGUCCCCCUCCAGCCCAUCCCAGCCCCAGAGAGAGAGGCAGCCCAACCCCAACAGGCUCAGAGAAGGAGCCGAGCGAGACAAAGACUCCCACCUCCAGCCCCCUGAGGCCGAGCAACAUAACUACAAGUUGGGCAAGAAACAGACCGACCCUUCUGAGGGGAUCCAAAUAAACAAACAAGUAAAGAAACAAAGCGAGGAUCAACAACACAGCUACAAACAGGGUCAAAAACAACGUGCCACCCUGCGUUCCAGCGAGAGAGACCACAAGAAGACCUUCCACGGUUCCUUCAUGCUGAACCCGCUCACCAAGACCUCCAGCCCCUUCGGUGGAGGCUCAGCCCUCAACAUGGACCCCAGGAAACCCUACCUGUCACUGGGCUGCGGCAGCGGCAAGCUCCUGGUCACUAUGCCCCACCCCAUGGCCCACCGCACCCACCGCCAGACUUCCCGUACAGACUGCCCUGCUGAUAGACUCAAGUUCUUUGAGACGCUGAGGUUGUUAUUGAAGCUGACAUCCAUGUCGUCCAAGAAGAAGGAGAAGGAGCAGCGCGGCCUGGAGAACUCAGCCUUCAUGGCCCAGAACAAUGACGUGGUGUGGCUGGAGCUCCAGGCGUGGCAUGCCAGACGCUCCGUCAACGACCAGGACCUGUUCCUGUUCACAGCUCGUCAGGCCAUCCCAGACAUCAUCCACGAGGUCCUCCACUUCAAGGUUGACUACCACAGCCUGAGCCCUAGCACCAUAGGCGUUGGGCAACCUGGCCUGCGGACGGGGGUAGGAGUGGGAGUACCAGGAGCAUCUCCAGACCAGGGGGCCCAGAGGACUCUAGUGUUCACAGAGUCAGGCUGUGGMGGUCCAGGCCAGGUGCCCAAGCAGAGGUCUCCAACCCAGGGCUCAGAGACUGUUUCUGGGGAGGAAGGGGACUCUAACCAGCCUGCUGCUGGUGGAGCUCCAGAGACUAACCACGCUGUUUCAGUUGACCCGUGGGGCUUCAGCGCCAACCCCUCCUCGGCAGUAGACGCAGCGGCCCCCCUGGGUUCCGGGGCGGGGUACAGGGAGCACCUCCAGCGCCAGCGGCUGGCCUUCGAGCAGGUUAAACGGGUGAUGGAGCUGCUGGAGUCAGUAGAGGCUUUGUACCCGUCCCUGCAGACCCUCCAGAAGGACUAUGAGAAGUACGCGGCCAGGGACUUCCAGGGCAGGGUGCAGGCACUCUGUCUUUGGCUCAACAUCACACAGGAUCUGAACCAGAAGCUGCGUGUCAUGGCCACUGUCCUCGGCCUCCGGGACCUCUCCCGUAUCGGCUGGCCCGUCUUCGAGAUCCCCUCGCCACGCUGUUCCCACGGCAAUGACGACAAAGACGAGGAUGAAGAAGACGAGGAGAACGACUCCACGGCAACCUUCAUCGCCAGCGACAGCGACGGAGAGGACCGGGACCUAGUGGUGGAGGAUGGGGGAACAGACGAGCCCCAAGGGAUCGAGACGAUGGGAGAGCUCUUCCCCUGUUUGACUCCUAAAUUCCCCCACUUACUAUCCGAAGACAAAUUCCUCCCAGCGGCUGGGACUGGGACUAUAGAGGUGGUAUCAGGGGGAACAGGGACAGGGGGGAUAUACUGUCCCACAGCCAUCUACAGACCCUUUGUAGAUAAGGCCUUGAAACAGAUGGGGCUGAGGAAACUGAUCCUGAGGCUUCACAAGCUGAUGGACCCCUCCCUCCAGAGGUCCCGGGCAGCCCUGCUCAGCCACAUGCCUGCACAGGAGUUCACAGACUUCCCAGACCCCAUGCUGUACAGUGACUACCUACCAGAACUGUCCCGCCACCUGUCCUCCUGUAGUGCCCCCUGUGGCCCGGAGCUGGGGGCAGACCAGGUCUCUUGGGAGGAGCUGUUGGACAUGGACCUACCCUCGUUCCGACCUGCCUUCUUGGUCCUGUGCCGGGUCCUGCUGAACGUGAUACAUGAGUGCCUUAAACUGAGAYUGGAACAGAGACCUGCAGGGGAGCCUUCACUGCUCAGCAUCAAACAGUUGGUGCGUGAAUGUAAGGAGGUGUUGAAAGGUGGUCUCCUGAUGAAGCAGUAUUACCAGUACAUGCUGAGGCGGGUGGUCACAGACCCCCAGGGACUCCAGACCAACGCCAACAUAGACGAGUUUGAGGACGACCUCCACAAGAUGCUAGUGGUGUACUUUGACUACAUGCACAGCUGGAUCCAGAUGCUGCAGCAGCUUCCCCAGGCCUCACACAGCCUGAAGAACCUUCUAGAGGAGGAAUGGGACUUUACCAAGGUCAUCACCCCUUACAUCAGAGGAGGGGAGGCUCAGUCUGGGAAACUCUUCUGUGAUAUUGCUGGGAUGCUGCUCAAGUCCACUGGGGACUUCCUGGACGCGGGCCUACAGAGGAGUGGUGAUGAAUUCUGGGAAAGUGCCGAUGACAGUACAGUCUCAGAUGAGAUCAGGCGGUCGGUAAUCGAGACGAGCCGGUCACUCAAGGAACUGUUCCACGAGGCUAGAGAGAGGGCGUCCAAAGCUCUGGGCUUUGCCAAAAUGCUCCGUAAGGACCUGGAGAUUGCUGCAGACUUCAGCAUUACCAGGGGGGUACCAUGCCUCCUGGAGGCCCUCAUGGAGAGAAACUAUGUCAAGGUCCAGAUCCCAGGGCUGGAGGAGCUGGAGGUGUUUGUCCCCGGUUCCCUGAUGGACCAGCGGGCCCUCAUCCUGCAACUUCUUAACGCUGCAGCUGGUAAGGACUGCAGUAAAGAGCCUGACGAGAUGAUGGCAGAGGAUGAGGCCUACCUGCUGAUGAGCAAGCACGGAGCAGGGGACUCACCUGGCGAGGCAGCCCAGGCUGCGGUGCAGUGGCAGUGGGACGGGGAGCUGGUCAAACUGGUGCCUCAGAUGGAGACUGUGGACACUCUACGAGCCAUGAAGGUGGAGAACCUGCUCCUGAUAGUGAUGCAAUCAGCCCACCUGGUGGCCCAGCGUAAGGCCUUCCAGCAGAGCAUGGAUGACCUGCUCACCCUCCACAGGGAACAAACUUCCAGCCAGCCCCUCAUCGCCCGCUCCCUGGAGCAACUCAAGAACGAAGCCUUACAGCUGUGUAUAAAGAUCAACACAGCCAUCGACCGGGUGGAGUACAUGUUCACGUCAGAGUUUGAGGUGGAGGUGGAGGAGUCGGAGUCGGCCACACUACAGCAGUACUACAGAGAAGCCAUGAUACAGGGAUACAACUUUGCCUUCGAGUACCACAAGGAGGUGGUGCGUCUGAUGUCAGGGGAGUUCCGUCAGCGGAUCGGGGAGCGCUACAUCUCUUUCGCCAGGAAGUGGAUGAACUAUGUCCUCACUAAGUGUGAAAGUGGCCGGGGUACCAGACCCCGCUGGGCAACUCAAGGCUUUGAUUUCCUCCAAGCCAUCGAACCUGCCUUCAUCUCUGCUUUACCAGAGGACGACUUCCUAAAUUUGCAAGCUCUGAUGAACGAGUGCAUUGGUCAUGUGAUCGGGAAGCCUCACAGCCCAGUCAGUGGCCUGUACAUAGCCUCCAGGAACAGUCCUCGACCGGUCAAGGUCCCUCGUUGCCAUAGUGACCCCCCCAACCCCCAGCUGUUCAUCCCCAAUGCAGAGGGCUUCAGCUCUAGGAGUCUCCCUUGCGACCUACGGACUCAGCUGUGUCUACCUACAGGCCCCCGCACAGUCCCUGCCCCUCAGGGCCCCCCCGGGGAACACGGUCCAACCAAAGCACCUGGAUCCACCCCAAAUGACGUCAGAGGGACCAACCUCCAGGAGAACGACAGGCUGUGGUCUGCAGCGGCCGAGAUGCAUUUCAGGUCUCUGAGCCGACACUCCAGUCCCACUGAGAACAGGGAAGAACCCUCCUAUCCUAAGGGAGGAGAACCCAGCAGCACAGCUAGGAGAAGCUGGGAGCUCCGCACCUUCAUCAGCCAAUCAAAAGACACGGCAGCCAGACAGAGCCCCAUGGAAGCUGUACGUCGCUCCAUACACUCCUUCGAGGACAAACGCUACGCAGUCAUGAAGCAAAGGAACAUCAUUGGCCAGGUGUGCGACACCCCCAAAUCYUACGACAACGUCAUGCACGUUGGCCUCCGCAAGGUCACCUUCAAGUGGCAGAGGGGCAACAAGAUAGGUGAGGGACAGUAUGGCAAGGUGUACACCUGCAUCAACGUGGACACUGGGGAACUCAUGGCUAUGAAGGAGAUCCGGUUCCAGCCGAACGACCAUAAGACGAUAAAGGAGACAGCAGAUGAGCUGAAGAUCUUUGAGGGCAUCAAACACCCCAACCUGGUCCGCUACUUUGGUGUUGAGCURCAUCGGGAGGAGAUGUACAUCUUCAUGGAGUACUGUGAUGAGGGGACCCUGGAGGAGGUGUCMAGGCUUGGCCUACAGGAACACGUCAUCAGGCUGUACAGCAAACAGACCACCACGGCCAUCAACGUGCUGCACGAACACGGCAUCGUGCACAGAGACAUCAAGGGAGCCAACAUCUUCCUGACGUCGUCAGGCUUGAUCAAGCUGGGGGACUUUGGCUGUUCUGUGAAGCUGAACAAUGCCCAGACCAUGCCUGGAGAGGUUAACAGCACCAUGGGAACGGCAGCAUAUAUGGCACCUGAGGUCAUUACGAGGGCAAAGGGCGAAGGUCAUGGCCGAGCAGCUGACAUCUGGAGUUUGGGAUGUGUCCUCAUCGAGAUGGUGACUGGGAAGAGGCCAUGGCACGAGUAUGAGCACAACUUCCAGAUCAUGUACAAGGUGGGUAUGGGCCACAAGCCCCCCAUCCCAGAGAAGCUGUCCACUGAGGGGAAGGAUUUCCUGGGUCACUGUCUAGAGAGCGAGCCCAAACGACGCUGGACCGCCAGUACCCUGCUAGACCACCCYUUCGUCAAGGUUUGCACGGAUGAAGAGUGAGGGGGAACUGACACCGCUGCUCCCACGUUUACAAACUAUAGCACUACUGUUCAUGUUGGCCAGAGACCGAAAGAUGAGGGUCUUGUGAACACAGGAAAUUAUGACUGCAGGCAUAUGGCGCUAAACUGAGGAACUUUAUUAAGACAUAAUUUCCGAUGGACGACUAAACUGGAUCACUUGGAUCGUGUUCCUUACAAACCAAGCGGAAGAAAACUGACUGCAACAGGGAGAGACACUAUCUGUUGAAAAACGUUUURCUACAGUGUGCCCUAAUGAACAUGACCCUGUAGUAGAAGUCUUGUGUCCUGGGGAGGGCAAUGUAUUGUACAUACUGUAAUAAUAGGAUUGGAUCGAUCCUUGUAUAAACAAUAUUGUAAAGCUUAGGUAAUAAGUAUAGCCACAUCUUGUUCUCUCAUUGGUGAAGAUGAGAUGGAACAAGGCAAAUGAGGAAGAUAUUGAAAAACAAAAGCUAUGGCACUUUAAAUAAAGCAGUUUUUUCCUUU